AAUUUCAUUAAACUAAAUCUAAAAAAAAAUGGCCAGAAUAAUAACUUCUAAUAAAUUGUGUUUCGUAACAUUCCUAGUUUUUUCUUUUAUGCUAGUCACUUAUUCGUGUGCUGAUUUUAAAGCAAUUACUUGUUUUGCUUGUCCAGCCGCUACUAAUCUAUGUGAAGUUACAGUUAAAACCAUAUUGAAUGGAUCCUUAAUUAAAACAAUUACAAAAUGUUAUGAAAUUGUUCCAACUCUUACAUUAUUGGGCAGUUUAAAUAAUACAUCCCCAAAUCCAACACCUGGAUUACAAUACUCUUGGAAUAUUACUCAUAUGUUACCACCUAAUAUAUUUAAUUUGGGAUUAUUAGGACCCCCUAGACAUAUUUUAAAGCAAUUACUUGUUUCAUGUGUCCAAAAGCUACAAAUCAAUGUGAAGUUAAUGUAA